CAGAAAUGAAAAUGGGAGCUGUACACAGAAGGAAAAAAUCAGCAUGCUGUCAACUUUCAUUGUACCUUUCAAGUUCAUCAAUCCUGGAGCAAGCAGUGUGGAUGACGAAGAUAAUUUAAGUACAAGCAGCACGGAAGUAAAAGAAAAUCGCAAUGUUGGCAACAGAGAGGAUGUGGCUUUAUCCAGCGACAGACCAAAAGUCGGGCCAGUCAGCCUUAAACGAAAGCGGCCUCUGGAGGAAGGAAACAGCGGCCAUUUGUGCAAGCUGCAGAUUAUUCUAAAGAAACUUUCAUGGUCAGUAACUCCCAAAAACGCCCUUGUUCAGCUCCAUGAGCUUAAACCUGAUUUGCAAUACAGAAUAGUUUCUCAAACUGGUCCAGUCCAUGCCCCUGUGUUUUCUGUGGAGGUUGAAGUCAACGGGCUCACAUUCGAGGGCAAUGGACCUACGAAGAAGAAAGCUAAAAUGAGGGCAGCCGAGCUGGCUCUGAAAUCAUUUGUGCAGUUUCCAAAUGCUUGUCAGGCUCACUUUGCGAUGGGGAACUGCAUCAACCCCUCCACUGACUUCACAUCUGACCAGGCAGACUUCCCAGACACUCUGUUCAAAGAGUUCGAGCCAACGGCACACAGCGAGCACUUCGCCUCAUACAGCCCGGUUAAUAACGAAUUGCUUUCCAGUGCAUAUCGACAUGGGAGAUUAGUCUGUCACACGUUGGAUUUAAUGGGCCAUACUAAACAAAACAAGCACAAGAUGGCAUCCCCAGCUGAGAGUGAGAAGAACCCAGUGGUGAUGCUAAAUGAACUGAGACCUGGACUGAGGUACGUCUGCCUUUCAGAGACUGUGGAGAAGCAGCACAUCAAGCGGUUUGUGAUGGCGAUGAGGGUUGAUGGGAGGACAUUUGAAGGUUCAGGACGGAGUAAGAAACAAGCCAAGGCUCAAGCAGCACAGGCUGCCUUACAGGCCCUCUUUAAUAUUCAGCUGGCUGGUCACAUUCCCAAUAGGAGCAAGUGUAACCAUUUGCCACAGGACUUUGCAGAUUCCAUAUACAAGCUGGUAAUGCAGAAAUUCCAGGAGCUAACUGACAAUUUCUCAGUAUGCGCACGCCACAAAGCUCUAGCAGCCAUCAUAAUGACCAGAGGUUUAGACUUGAGGCAAGCUCAGGUCAUCGCCCUAUCAUCUGGCACCAAAUGUAUCGGCGGAGAAUAUCUCAAUGACCAAGGCCUGGCGGUCAAUGACUGCCAUGCAGAAGUUGUAGUAAGAAGGGCCUUCAUCCACUUUCUCUACACUCAGCUGGAGCUCCAUCUGAGCAAGCAUAGAAGCGACUCGGAAAGGUCUGUUUUCAUCAGGUUAAAAGAAGGAGGUUUUCGGCUAAGAGAUAAUAUUAUUUUCCACUUGUAUAUCAGUACGUCACCGUGUGGAGAUGCUCGACUAAAUUCUCCCUACGAAAUCACAUCUGAUUUGAACAGGUGCAAGCACAUAGUGAGGAAAUUCCGGGGUCACCUUCGUACAAAAAUAGAGUCUGGGGAAGGGACAGUCCCAGUGAAAACCCGGCUGCCUGUACAAACGUGGGAUGGAGUAUUAUCAGGAGAGCAACUUAUCACAAUGUCCUGUACAGACAAGAUUACCAGAUGGAAUAUCCUUGGGCUACAGGGCGCUCUCCUCAGUCACUUCAUCGAGCCCAUCUACAUGUACAGCAUUGUUGUUGGCAGUCUGCAUCAUACGGGCCACCUUUACAGGGUCAUGAGCCACAGAAUAGAAGAUAUUGGUAAACUGCCAAUCCCAUAUCGGCAUAAUCAUCCACUGCUCAGCGGAGUGAGUAAUACCGAACCUCGACCACCGGGCAAAUCACCAAAUUUCAGCAUCAACUGGACGAUGGGAAGUCCUGACCUAGAGAUCAUUAAUGCUACAACAGGAAAGAAAAGCUGCGGUGCCCCCUCCAGGCUCUGUAAAUACUUGUUAUACGCUCGCUGGUCAAGACUUUGUGGGAAGUUGAGCACACGAACCCAAAGUCACAAAGAAAUUCCCUCAGUUUACUGUGAAGCGAAGCUGGUGAUCCCUCAGUACCAAUGUGUGAAGCAGAAGCUCUUUAAAGCCAUCCAGAAAGCAGGCCUAGGCACCUGGGUGAAAAAGCCUCCAGAACAAGAGCAAUUUAUAUUACCUCUGUAAACGGCAGUUCCCCCUCUAUGCCGUGACUGGGUUCUCAUGGGACAAUACAGACUGGCAGAAUUUCUCUGCUCCAUGUGCAAAGUUUGUUAUCAUUAUACUGAAUUAGAUUAUUUUUGUAAUAAAGCAAAUACAUAAUAUUGAUAAAGGACAUGUUUUAUGUGCUUGCGCCUUCACGGUCAGCCGGGACGGUACUGUGCAGGUUUCGAGCUUGUCCAAGUUGGGGGUAUAAAAUGUAGGCAGGCAUGUUAUUUGUAGAUACCCACAGCAAGUGCAGCUCACUGGUUUAGGGCCCUACCUCACCAGCCAGCUUAGA